AUGGAAACUUUCCCGCAACCCGCCUCCUGCGCGGACCCCUUGAAUACAUCCGAGUCCAUCGCGGCUCAGGCGCCCCCUCAAAUGGCACUGCUGGACUUCUUUUUCCCCGGGUUCAGCGUCUUCUCGACCGCCUUCCAAAAGUAUCUAGGCAUCGAUCUCAACGUCUACAUACCCCUGGUUAUCCUCUGCGGUGGAGCAACAUUCGCAUGGCGCUACUUCAGCGAUUACCUUUGGGAGAAGAUUGAUACCUAUCUCAUGUCCACAGUCGAGGUCCGCACCGACGAUGAAAUCUACAACAUUUUCAUGUCUUGGGUCGCUGCCCAACGCUUUGCCAAGAACUCUCGGCGGUUCGUCGUCAACACAAACCUGAACUCGCGGUCCUGGUUCCUUUGGCGCUGGGAUGAUGAUGACGAGGAGGACAACGAUUCUGGGGAAGCGUCAAGCGAGCCGGGCCCGAAGAAGAAGCCCCUGGCUUACACACCCAGCUUUGGUAGCCAUACCUUUUGGUACCGCGGUCACCUGCUACUCUUCAAGCGUAGCCAGAACCAGCAACAAGCCUCUUACCUGGUCGUGAGCGAGCGCGAAGAAAUCAGUGUUUCCUGCUUUGGCCGUAACCCCUGGAUUCUUAAGGAGUUGCUCCAGGAGGCUCGAACCGAGUACCUCAAGAAGGAUUCUCAAAAAACAAUGAUCUACCGCGGUAGUACACGUGCCGGCACGACGGAGCCCUCAUGGCAGCGGUGCAUGGCGCGCACAUCUCGACCCUUUUCCACUGUUAUUCUCAAUGAAAAGACGAAGCAAGAGCUCGUGGAAGAUGUCGCCGAUUACCUCUCACCCGCAACCCGGAAGUGGUAUUCGAACCGUGGAAUCCCUUGGCGGCGCGGUUACCUAUUGACCGGGCCCCCUGGAACCGGCAAGUCGUCUUUGUCGCUUGCUCUGGCGGGAUUCUUCAAGAUGAGGAUCUAUAUAGUCAGUCUGAACUCCAUCUCUGCCAACGAGGAAAAUCUUGCCACACUCUUCGCAGAGUUGCCACGCCGAUGUGUAGUUCUUCUCGAGGACAUUGACACUGCUGGUCUUACCCACACGAGGGAGGACUCGACGGCUGAAAACUCCGAUGCCAAGGAGGGGUCUAGCGACAUGGUACCUGGACAGACCACCCCGGGCAACGCCACAACGACAACGAAUUCGAGCAGGCUGUCACUCUCUGGUUUGCUAAACAUAUUGGAUGGCGUGGCAAGUCAAGAGGGCCGUGUACUGAUCAUGACGACAAAUCACGUGGAGAAGCUCGACAAGGCUCUCAUUCGACCUGGUCGCGUGGAUCUUGUGGUAAAGUUCACACUUGCCGACGAGGAGAUCAUCGGGUCCAUAUUCAGAGCCAUCUUUGCUCCCCUCGAAGGUGACGAGAACGAAGCCGCCCAGCAGAUGCAGAGCCUCAAAGACUCCGAAGACGAGAAGGCUUUGGCCGAGCAACAGGCCAUGCGUACAGCUGAGAUCAAGUUCAAGGUCGACAAACUAUCGAGGGAUUUCGCAACAAAGAUCCCUGCCCACGAGUUUAGUCCAGCUGAGAUUCAAGGGUUCCUUAUGAAGCACAAGCGUAGCGCCGAGAACGCGGUUGCAGGCGCUGCAGAAUGGGUUGUGGAGACGCGCAAGGAGAAGAAGGAGAAGGAAUUAAAAGCCGCUGAGGAGAAGCGGCAGGCCGAAGCUGAGAAGAAGGAGGAAGAGGAGAAGAAGAAAAGAGAGGAAGAGGGGAAAAAGUCGGAAGAGUCGGCGGAGGAGAAGGAAGCUGACAAGGUGCGUAGGAAGCAGGAGAGCAAGGAGAAACGCAACGUUGAGAAGAAAAAGAUGAGGAGCAAGCCAAACAAGGAAAAUUCCCCCGACUCCUCAAGCGAUUCGGAGUCCGGUUCCGGCUCCGAUGUGGAUGCUACUACCGAGGUUGCGGAGACGGCAGCGGCGAAGGGGGCGGCCGAGGCGGAAGAACAGGUGACAGAACCGCCGGGCCCGUUGACUGAUGGAGCGAAAACCGAGGGUGGAGGUGACGAGACCACCCGAAAGAGAGACUCGGGCUACGGUACCCCAGUGGAGAUUUGA